CCCCCCCCCCCCCCCCGCUCCUCUCCUCUCCUCAGGGACUUUGCGUACGUGGCCCGAGACAAGAACACCAGGAUCCUGAAAUGUCAUGUGUUCCGCUGUGACACGCCGGCCAAAGCCAUCGCCACCAGCCUGCACGAGAUCUGCUCCAGGAUCAUGACAGAGAGGAAGAUUGCCAAGGCCCUGGCUGGAGGUUCUCUCCAGGACCGGGUCCAGGCCGGACUGGACCUCCCUCUGCAAGAGUUCCCCACCCCUAAGACGGAGCUGGUGCAGAAGUUCCAGGUGUUCUACCUGGGGAUGCUUCCGGUCGCCAGGCCUAUAGGCAUGGACAUCCUGAACGGGGCCAUUGACAGUCUGGUGGGGUCCUGCGACCGAGCCGACUGGAACCCCGUGGCCCUGACCGUGGCCGAUGCCACCGUGACAAUCAGCAAGGACGAGGAGGAGGAGGAGGUGCUCGUGGAGUGCCGCGUGCGCUUCCUGUCCUUCAUGGGCGUGGGGCACAACGUGCACUCGUUCGCCUUCAUCAUGGACGCGGGGGGGCAGCGCUACGACUGCCACGUGUUCUGGUGCGAGCCCAACGCCGGGGGCGUGUCGGAGGCCGUGCAGGCCGCCUGCAUGCUGCGGUACCAGAAGUGUCUGGUGGCGCGGCCCCCCUCCCAGCGGGCCUGUGGCUCCUCCCCCCCCGGUGACUCGGUGUCCCGGCGGGUGUCCACCAGCGUGAAGCGCGGCGUGCUGUCCCUCAUCGACACCCUGAAGCAGAAGAGACCCGUCACCGAGCUGCCGCAGUGACUGCCCCCCCCACCACCACCCCCUCCCUCCUCCCCCCCCCAAGGGAAACAAAGCCCCCAAGAACAAGCAAACCCACCCAACACGCUACCACCUCCACACGCUUCACUCCGCCCCCUCCUCCCCGUGUCAGCUGAAUACACCCCCCUCUCCCCCCCCCCCCCC